AUGAAGCAGUAACUGAGUGAGUGCUCCAUGAGUGACCAAGUCAAGUGCAGUGCCCUCUGCCCACAUCACCACUAUGCUCAAGACCACGCUCAAGCUCGAUGCUAUCUGCGCCAAACUGUCCAAGGGCGUGUCGGGCCUUCCGCCUCAGGAGGAACCCUGCACGGGGGCCGCCCUUCCAGGUAGCAACGGUUCCCCAAGGUACACCCGCCACCUGGACCAGGAAGCGUCCCGGCCGGACAUCGGCUCCAACCUCAAGACGUUUCACAAUGGCGAUAUUGCGCCCAACUGCAGCGCGCAGCUUCCAACUGUUCAAGCAACGGAAAAUAAUGGCUACGUGAUUGAUGAACGGCCAGAAUACAACAGAUUCGUUGAAAGAAAUGGCGGGGACGAUAGCAGGUGCAGUUCGCCUAAAGUUCUCAGUGGUGCCAGCAAAAGAAAGGCACGGCAGCGUGCGACAAGAGUCGCCACGCAGGAAGCAGAUAGUCCGUCGGAUUGGGACGAUGGCUCAAUUAACAGUUUUCAGGAUUGCGAUGAGAGUUUGGACAGUGGUGUAGUCGAUUCGCACCAAGAUGAAGCGGUCAAUGGUCUGGACCAUUGGGAUGAGGAGCAAGAAGAGACUGCAGACAGUGAAUUUACUCAGGAACAUUACCAUGAUGAAAAUAUAUCUAUGCAAAAUAUCCCCUUUACACAUGCAACUAAUCACAAGGCAAAUAAUGGCAAUAAACUAGGACACGAUGACCCUUCUUCUUCUUCCAAAGAGAUGGAGAUCGCUCCUUACAAGGUUGCGGGACAUGAACUGCGCACUCGCAGCGGCAGUAAGGUACCUACUUAUGAUGAAUCUGGGCUUUCAGACGAGGACGUGGCGGCCGAGAAGGCCACCUACGAUCCCCGAGCAAUAAUGGAGUAUGCUGAACGCAGCUGGUGCAAUGAAAACGGUACUGAAAUUGAGGAAGGACUCGAAACCAACGGUGUGGUUUGUGACUUGGAGGAGAGUGGUAGAUCAGCUCAGGGACAGGAAGGGAAGCCACGGCGAAGGAGAGGCAGACCGAGCAAGAGUGAGCAGAUGAAGUUGGUUGGAGAGCGAGAUCAAAGGAUAAUCGAGACUCAAGGAUUAGAAGAGGACAUGAGUGAACUGCCUCCUCCAGAGCAGGCGGAAGUUGAACAAGAGAUGGAUGAAGUACAGGAAGAGCAGGUGGAGUAUGUGGACGAUCUGGAGUCAGAGGAGCAAGGAGAAAGGUCCGAAACCUCUGCAUCUCCGCCACCCGCGACGUCGUCCAAGAUGGGCAAGGAUAGCCAGAUGGUUCCAGGAGCUCCCUAUGAUGUAGAAGGUCUGGAGGCAGUCAAGGAGUAUGCCACUGACACCAUGAAGGAAUUCCUGGGUAUGUACGGCUACAUGGAGGAAGGAGCACCUGCAAGGGACGAAGAUCUUCCAAUAGAACAUAUCCGUAAGUCAAUUAUCAGUUUUUGCUAAUGGUGGUCAUUUGUACUGCUUCUGGGUCAAAUGCAUUUUAUUUUCAUAAACCUAGGGAACAAUAAUAUAAUAACUCUUAUUUGAGUUUUCAAAGAAGUAUUUAGUAACAUUCAAAUAAUGUUUUAUGUAAAAAGAAAAAUUGGUAAACAGAAUAUGUGAAGCUGUAAUUGUAAAAGCAGUCUUUGCUGUGAAAUUAUAUCCUUUAUUAUCAUAAUAAACUUUACAAACCAAGUUUUCAUCACAUGCAUAAACAAUAAUUUUUCAACCCGGAGCACUCUGCAAAAAUCACAUUACUGCUUUAUUUUUAAACUUUCCAUACUGUUUGUGCCAUCCACAUUUAAUUGGCUUUUAUAGUUUAUGAUAUAUAUAACCUAAAGAUAUCCACACCGAUCAAACCAUCAACUUCAAUGAUAGAAUCUAAGAAAGCAAUAAUAUUAAUUUCCUGGAUCCUUCCUCUCCUGCCCGAUAUCCCCAACCUUGAGCGAUAAAAGGUCUUCUAGAUUCAUUUUCUGAAAAAAAUUUAAUUAGAGAUAUUGCCGGUCUUUACUGUAAGGCAUUGUCCUCAAUAAUAUAAGUUGAUUAUCAAAUUCAAUAAAUUUUGAGAUUUCAUACCUAAGGGAUAAAUCUUGGGCAAUCCAGCCAAUAUGAAAGUCCUAAAUGCCUGGAUUUUAAGGAAUAUUGGCAAUAUCCUUCAUACUUGCAGUUUUCUAUUUUCUUUUGUGCUUCAUGGGGCAAGAUUCUUUUUAAUAAAAAAAUUGUUGAGAGGUACUUGAGAAAUGUGGUGAUCAGGAAUGCCAAGGAGAUGAAGAGAGAGGAGGAGAUCAAGAUAGGAAGAGAUGGGAGUGCCUAAAGAAAAAAAAAUGCCCAGGAUCAGUAAGAGAAAUUGCAGGGGAAAAAAUAAUUCAGUAUCCAUCAUCAAAAUCAAGUUUUAGAAAAGAGAUGGCAGAUUUAAAACAAUUAAUGCGAGGAUUGAUUUGUUUUAAACUGUUUUUAUUUUUUGUUGUGUAUUUGUUAAUUUGGAGUAGGUUUUUUUUUUUUUCUUUUGGGGGGGGGGGGGUGGUUCGGUUGGACACCUAAAGGGAAAGUUACCCUUUUCCUUUGAGAUACUUUUUGCAUUGUAUGUCUUUGGUUCUGAUAGUACAUGGGACUGAACAUAAUUUUUAAAAGAGGAGAGAGGGAGAAAGAAGAUGGGGGAAUAAAGAAGAAGGGGUAGAAGGAGGGGGUGGGUGAGGGGAGAGUGAUGGGGGGGGGGGAGGAGACGUGGAGGUAAGACAGAGAAGAUGAAUGUGGGGGUAGGAAAGUGAUAGGGGAGGGGUAGAAAGAGAAAGAAGGUGGGGUAAGAAAGAUAAAGGGGAGGGGUAGAAAGAGAAAGAAGGUGGGGUAAGAAAAAGGUAGGGGAGGGGGUAAAAGGAGAAGAAUUUUGGGGUAGGAAAGGGAUAGGGGAGGGGUAGAAAGAGAAAGAAGGUGGGGUAAGAAAGGGAUAGGGGAGGGGGAUAGGAGAAAGAAGGUGGGUAAGAAAGAUAAAGGGGAGGGGUAGAAAGAGAAAGAAGGUGGGGGUAAAAGGAGAAGAAUGCUGGGGUAGAAACAAGAUAGGGGGUAGAAAGAGAAAGAAGGUGGGGUAAGAAAGGGAUAGGGGAGGGAGUAGAAGGAGAAAGAAUGAGGGGGUAGGAAAGAAAUAGGGGAGGGGUAGAAAGAGAAAGAAGGUGGGGU